AUUACUGUUUUAUCGACGCGCGGCUUGACUGUAUCGAUAGGAAUAAACCUCGCGGCUGAUAGUGCUCUUGCUCCGCGCGAAGCCUUACGACAGCUGUGCAAGCCCUGCUACCACCCUGCGCUUGUCCACUUGGCAAGAAGCUCUGCGACUGUACCAGACAAUUUCGGAUAACAGUAGCCACCCCCUAGCCGAUGAUGGGGACCAGCAAGCGCAAGCCUUUACAUUCAGCAGUGAAGAAGUUUGCCGAUGACUUGCGCGGCGUGACCACGCAACUCAACGAGGGCGUGAGCUUCUUGAAUCGAGCAACACAGCUGAAGCCCUGCGCGGGGGCACGGGAUUUUCGCGAGGCAGUCUCAGACCUCCAAGAUGAGGUGACGGAGCUCACCACGGAGGCGGAGCACCUGGAGCGAUUCACGGUGGACGCCAUUUCCUUCGAGGAGCUGCUUGGCCACUGCCUGGCCCUGUACCAGGACAAUCGCUCCUCCAUCCAGAGGCUGGAGGCGCACCUGGGCCAGUACGGCUACACGGCGCCGCCCGGGCUGCAAGUCGAGCCGGAGAACCCCGUCGCGGCGGCGGCGGCAGCAGCGGCUGCCAGGCGGCGAGCGGGCAGCGACGGCGCGUACGAGGACGAGGAGGCCGGUGAGGACGUGUAUGUGGCCGCCAGCACCCGUGGGGCCGUCACCACCACGGCCAGCCGGCCCACCGCCAGCAAGUCGGCCACGGCCGCCAGCGGCAAGAGCGGCCGGCAGGUGGUGAUGGUGACGCCGGGAGUCGCCAAGUCCAAGAGCGGCGGCGGCACUGCCAGCUCACGGCGCAGUGCCACGCCCGCCGGCAGGCUGGGCAAAGCGCUCCCGGACAGCGAUGAGGAUGAGGACGACGACAUGGACAUGGAUGUUGGCAACCGGGGCGCCUCCGAUGAUGAUGACGACGACAGUUACUACGGCAGGGGCAUCGGCGGCGGCGGCCGCGGCGGGGGCCGGCAGAACGGACAGGGCGCAGCAGCGGGCGGCUUGGGCACGGGCAUGGGUAUGGGCGCGAGGCCGACUGGCUCCAUGGCGGGCAAGGGUCAGCUGCUGGUGGGGGCGCAGGCGGCCAGCUGGGCCACCGCGCUCACCGCCGCGGCCUCGGUGCGCGCCUCCGCGCGCAAGGCGCCGCGGCCCAGUGUGGACAGCCGCGGCUCCGCCACGCCCGAGGCCGAGCUCAUGUCGCCCUCCAUGGCGCAGCUGCUGGCCAAGUACAACCCGCCCAGCGACGCCGACCCCGGCCUGACCAUGAUGCCCUCGACCGGCGAUGCGCCCGCGGCCGGCAGGGGCGCGCGCGAGCAGGCGACUGGGGCACGGGGCUGGGACGGAGGCAGCAGCGGCGCGGGCACAGAGGAGCUGGCGGCGGCAAUGCGGGGGCUGUCCCCCUUCGGGAGGGCGCGCGGUGCGGGGCCGGCGGCUGGCGCGGUGCCUAAGCAGGUGCCGGCGGCGGGCGGCGCGCAGGCGGCUCCGUCGCAGCAGGACCGCAUGGGGGCUCCGGCGGCGCAGGCUGGCGGCGGUGGUUCUGUGGCGAUGGUUGGGAUGGGGAGUGAGGACGACACGUGUGUGCUGUAUCAUCAGCUCAUUCGCUCCCGCGACGUCGCCGUCGCCAGCCUGGCGCAGCCGCAGCGCCCGCGCCCCGCCACUGCACAGCAGUCGCAGGCUGUCAAGCCCGCGCAGCCGCAGCCACCGCCUCAGCCGCCGCCGCCGCAGCAGCAGCAACCACUGGUGGUCGCCGCCGUCGCCGCCCCGGCGCCGGCAGUUGCUGCGAUCCCGCAGCACAGCCGCUUCCCCACGGCGCGCAGCCCCGGCGCCGCCGCCUUCGGCGCCUUUGGCCUCGACGGCGCCCUGAGCCAGGACGCCAGCAGCAGCAGCUACAACACCACGCCGCCGCCCACCGGGGCCGCGGUUUUUGUGCCGCCGCGCUCCGUGACGCCGCUGCGCUCGGUGCCGCGGGCUGACUGGCAGGAGCACGACAAGGUGCUCGCGGAGAAGAUGGCGGGGCUGGAGAUGGCGUGGGUGACGUCGGGCCAGGCGGGCCGCGCCAACACGCCGCUGCGCUCCGACCUGCGCAAGAGCUUCACCGCCGUCGCAGACGGCGCUGCUGGGGGUGCGGCUGGCGGCAUGGCGGGCAUUGCCGCGGCGAUGGCGGCGGCGCGGCCGCAGUCGCCUGCGCCGUCACGCGCGGCAACGGAGGCGUUUGCGGCGGCGGCGCUGAUGGCGGGCGAGCGCGGUGCGGCAGCGGUAGGCGCCGCACGGGCCGCACAGCCCGCGCCCGCGCAGCUGUCCCAGCCGGCCGCUCCUGCUCAGCACCACCACCAGCAGCAACACCAGCAGCAUGCGCUGCUGUCCCAGCGCCGGCCUGCAGUGCCCCUCAAUGUGGCGUCGCUGGAUGACGGUGACAUGGUGCGCGUGCUGUCGCCGGUGCAGAAGCCGGAGGCGCCGUCGCCGCGGCGCCAGCCGGCCGCCGCCACGCCGCCGGGCCGCGCCGGCAGCCGCCUGCCCACACCUGGCGGCGGCGGUGCCGCCCCACCCAUGUCCACCACUGUGGUCGGCGCCACCGUAACGCCACGACGCGACGCUGCCGCCAGCGCCAGCUCCGGACUGACGCCCAAGGGCGGCGCAAAGCAGGCCAGCCACGGGCACGGACACGGACACGGCGCCCAGCCGCGCGGCACGCCCAGCAAGCGGCCGGGCUCCGGCUUCGGCGGCGGCGGUCCCAGCACCCCGGUCCGCGGGGCGCAGCCCGCCAGCAGUCCUUCCAUGGCCGGCGCACGGCCCACCACACCCUCCGGCCGGGGCUUGACGCCGGAGCGGGUCACCCGCACUGCCACUGCCACCAGCACCCGCACAGGCACCGCCACCACAGCCACAACCAGCACUGCUGCGCCAACGGCGGGGCAAAGGCCCGCGACGGCGGCGGGGACGGGGGCGGGGUCACGUGGCACACCCACGGGCCUGCGCAAGUCCUGGAACUCGCCCCUGUCGGGCCUGGCUGAGGCCGAGCAGGAGCGCGCGGCCUCCAACACCACCCCCAGCCGCAUCGGACGCGGCGCCAGCGCUGCUGCCAGCGUUGCCGCAAGCGUUGCCGCAAGCACUGCUGCUGCUGCUGCCAGCAGCGGCACGGGCGCCAACCGGACGCCGGGCCGCGGCCGCCCGGGCGAGGUGCGUGCGCAGCCGGCACCCGCUUCUGUUGCAGCCCCUGCCACCACCGCGCCAGCACCGGUGGCGGUGCCGCCGCUGAAGAUCCCAGCACUGGCGCGUGAGGACACCUGGGGCAGCGCGGAGGACGCGGGCGACAGCCGCACCACCAGCGCCGGCGGCGCCAACCCGCAUGAGUGGCGCGGCUUUGCGGCACCGCCGCCGCCGGCGGCGGCCGCCGUGCCCUCUGGCGGCGGCGCCUCGGAGUUUGAGGUGAUGCUGUCCAUGCCUCCGGUGGGAACGCCCACGGCACGGACGCCGGGUCGCGAGGAUGGGAGCGGGGGCGCGGCACCGGCGCAGGCGGCAGCAAGGAGCAUGUCGGGCAUUGGGGGCGGCGGCGGGCUGCCGGCGGCGGUGCUGGCGGGCCUAUCGCCCGGGACGUCACAGCUGGUGUCCCGGGCACUGGGUGAGGGCUUCAGGCCCCAGACGGCGGCAGCUGGCUUGGGCUCGCGCAUCCCCGCCCCUGCCGCCACACAGCGCCCCGCCACCGCCUUCACCACCAGCACCACCAGCACCUCCGCCCAGGCAGCGAUGGAGUCCAGGCGCGCGACUGGCACAGCCGCGGCCGCGGUGGCUGCCGCGGCCGCGCUGCCGCUGCCUGGCGGCGGCAGCGCUGGAGCCGGCGCCGGCUGCAGCAGCGUGACGCUGUGCAGUGAGGAGGAGUGGCGGCUGCUGCCCACACGCACGCAGGCGGCGUUCCCGCUGGACAUCAUCAACCAUUACCUGCGGAGCCUGUCGACCGGCAGGCCCGCCUCUGCUGGUGGCAGCGGCGGAGGCUACUUCAAUGUGUGCGACGUGGAGGCGCUGUCAGCCGACAUGACCACCACCGGCGCCAAACUGCUCAUCAACACGCUCGUCAAGCUGGGCCGCUGCGAGGUGGCGGCCGCGGCGGGCGGGGUCAUGCAGUACCGCAUCAAGCCGUGACAGCGCGGCGGAGCGCAACUGCGCAAGGCACAGGGAGCGCACGCUGUGUGUUCUAGCUCCAGCAGGGCGACGUUCAAGGGCGCGGAGGCUGUGAUAGCGCAAAGCUGCGGGUGCUUGGCUUCGUUU